AUGCUCGACGAUUAUUUCCGACAACCGUUCUGGGAGUUCCGCUUCACUGUCUGGGCUGCGAAUAAACGAACCCCAGCGAUGAUGUACGACCGGCUGGACAUUAUUUCGACAACCGGCAUGAGAGACAAGAACUACCGCAUCUACAUCAACUACCUAAGGUUCUACGAGUUCUUUAAGGGACCUACGUAUAACCCCCUGAUUAUUUAUGGGCCAAAGCCAAGAUCAUGGAUGUCGUUCGGCUAA